AUUGCAUUACCAUACCAAUCAACAAGUAUUCACAAACUGCACUACGUGGAGCACUCUAACUCCACUCUCUUGAUGACCAUCGUUUUCGUUCGACAUGGGUAAGGGUACGCGAGCCUCGACAGCUUGUGCCCGAUGUUACAAACGCAAGAAGAAGUGCAGUCGUGAUUUUCCAACAUGUUCAGAGUGUGCUCAAGCUGGAGUCAAUUGCAUCGGCCUUGACCGUGGGACAGAAUCUGAAUUGCCACGAAGCAUUGUGUCCUUUCUUGAAGAUGCAGUCGCAAAAUUGGAGCUUGAACGGCACCGUUAUGGCCCCCCAAGCAUUAGCGACCGACAGUCUGAACUCUUUGAUCCAGGAAGUGUUGAAGCACCACGAACCAUUGCAUCAAGCUCAGACGGACACGAUCUUCAGGCGCUCUAUUCACUUUCAAUGUUUUCAGCGUCGACUAGUUUUCCUUACAAGGCUUUCAACCCAAACCCUCGCGAUGUUCACCCUUAUUAUCGCACAUUCUUUAUGGGUGCCGAAUUGCCUUAUCCGCUGGCAUUUACAGUCAAGCGACCUGUCCAUGCGCCGAGAUGCAACAAUUCGACAGAACUGACAAAGCUUCCUCCUGGUGUGACAGAGGCAUUAUUCAGUACUUAUACGGACCGAAUCUUGCCCCAAUAUCCCGUCUACACACUUGAGGAGGUGGCCAGCCUUCAGAGCAAAUAUGUCAGUGCAGCGACAGACUGUACUCUGCUCACGCCAAUUGAACAGUUCACUGCAUCAAUGAUUUUGGCGAUAUCUGUGCUUUCUACUAGAUCAAAGGACUAUCGCAAACUGGCUUCUCUGGCGGAAUCGCUACGUCGAGAUGCAUACGCGCGAGUAGGUUAUGGGGCGAACAUCGCCCAGCCGACGAUCACCUCCGUGCAGCAACUACUUCUAGUUGCGCAAUACGGGUUUCUUCUUCCAUCUUCCACGAACCUCUGGCAGGUCGUGGGGGAUGCGAUGAAGACAGCAUUAGGACUGGGACUGCACCAGGAAGCGCCGCAUCACUAUGGACUAGACCAGGAAACUAUCCAGUUCAGACGGCGGCUGUUCUGGGUCCUAUAUGUUCUUGAGAGGUCCGUAGCAAUAACGUCACAUCGCCCAUAUGCGGUUGCUGGCGACAUGAUAGGCACCGCCCUUCCGGAAAUGUCGAACGAAAGUAUACCCAAGGAACCGGGGCAUUAUUCCUGUUACUUCAUCUCAUUCAAAGAUCGAGUACGGGUUAUAAGGAUUCAAUCGGAGUUAUGCUCCAUCAACAUAGGGAAGCGAGUGAUAUUAACACCGAGCUCAGCCUACGAUCGAUGGAUGCAGGAAAUGGAACGGCGAAUACACGAACUAACACAAACCGAACAUACCAAGGGCUUCCGGAUUAUGGCGUGGCAGUGCUUGAUUCUUCUCCACAUGCCCUGCGCGCAUAAUCCAAGCCCGAGCCCAGAGUCCACUAUCAAAUGUUUCAAUGCAGCCGUUGAGCUCUCGAGCGGCUAUUGGGAAUUAGUACAAUCUGAUUUCGUCGAUUAUCCAUGGCACGGUGUGCACAAAUGCUACGAAGCUGGAAUGCUCAUUCUGUAUCAUUUGUGGUACUCUGCCAGCGUGAUUCGGCAGCACUACUCAACGCGGCAGAUUUUUGAAGCCGUUAACAAUUUGUCUGGAUUCUUUGUAUGCAUGAACUUCUCAAGCGAAUAAACUUUGCUGACUGUUUCUAGAUCAUUGUGGCACGACAGU